GCAAUGUAGGAUGUAACCCUAGAUUCAUUCAUACUUGUAUAUAAUCCAAGACAAGUACUCCAAAAUGAGAUAAUGAAAAUACAAGGAAGAAAAACUUCAAAUCAUUCUUCUGAUUUUUACAAUCAGUAACAUAAAAUAAUAUGUUAAAAAGGAAAACUAAAUUCAAGUUGCAACUCAGGAGUGAAUGAUUAGAGUUGACUCAACCAUGCUGCACUCACUUAAUAAUAAGUGCAAAUUGGUCUAGGUUCCAGCAAUUUGUUUCUUCUCGUUUCCCCCCUUUUUACUGUGCUGUACAUGUCAGAUUCAAUUUCCUGCUUCUUAUUUUUGUUUCAGAUUUAUGAAUGGAUUAACAACUCUGAGCGUCUUUAUCUAUCACCUAGAGAUGUUGCAGUUCGGCUGGAUCUGAUAUCAAAAGCUCACGGUCUGAAAGCAGCAGAGAAGUAUUUCGCUAGCACUCCAGAUAUUCUGAGAGCUUCUUGUGUGUAUGGUGCUCUUUUAAACUGCUAUGCCGAUGCAAAAUCAUGGAGUAAAGUGGAAGGAAUAAUGCAAAAGAUGAGGGAUUUGCAGGAUGCUAAUUUAGUGACUUAUACUCUUAUGAUGAACCUUUAUGCUAAAAUGGGAAACCUUGAGAAACUACACUUGUUAGUGCAAGAGAUGGAAUAUAAAGGAAUUGCAGGUGAUAGUAUCUCCUAUAAUAUCCGCUUAAAUGCAUAUGCAUCUGUUCCUGAUGUAAUAGGGAUGGAAAAGCUUUUGAUGAAGAUGGAAGAAAAUCAUCUGCUGAUUGAAUGGGAUGCUUAUGCUGUUAUGCAGUCGCCGCCAAGGGCUACAUGAAAGCUGGUGACGUAGAAUAGUCGCCGAAAAAAUGUAUUUGUAUAUUUUUUGUAUAUAUUUUAUAUGUUAUAUGCAAAAAUUAUAUAAAUUUUAUAUAUU